AAACGGCUUCUGACCUUCAAUUCUUUUAUCUUAUAAACAAGAUAUCGCGCUUGUCACUGACCACAUACUGCGCACACUCACAAGCAGGUACACGAGCUGUAUGUUACAAAAACUCGAUGUCAGUUUCACACAACUGUACCCGUUGCAACAUGUCGAGUUAGUGACAAAACAAAGAAAAGGAAGAAGAUUGUGUUUUUUUUUUUUUAUGACAUAGGAUCUAUAUAAAAGAAAUAUAAUUUAUAUGUUGUACGAAUUUCUUUUGUUUGUACUAAGCUCUACACGACACGUCUAAGCCGAAGAUCUCUCAAGAUUGUGACAAUAUGCAAAACAAGAGGUAGACGAAGUCGAAGGUCGAGUUUGAAUCUCUUUUUUAGAGGAGAGGACAAGAAGACUUUUUCAAACACAGAUGCACACGUGUAACAUCAUCAAGGUGGAAAACGUAGAGAAUUCAGAUAUGAGAGGGUCUAAAAGAGACUGGAUUUUUAGGGUCCAGGUGCCUAAUCUGGAGAAAAAUGAGGUUGUUUACGUCGUUGGGAAUCUGCCUGAAUUGGGUGCUUGGAAUCACAAUCAAGCCAUUCUGAUGUCGCAGGAACAUGUCAGUCGAAGAGAGUCUCCUAUGCUGUUCGAUAGUAACAGCAGUAGCGACUUUUACAGCGACGAUGGCAACGCAACUAAUGGCAUGUGUGAUGGCGAAGAAAAGAAUGUGCGAAUAUUCUCGCAAAAGGUUGCUCUUCCCAUCGAUGCUGAUAUUGAGUUCCGAUAUUUUAUAGCCGUUAUUUGUCAGUCAAACGGUACUAAAAAUUCGGCCAAAACUUUGAUCAUCCGCAAAUGGGAAACUCACAUGACACCACGACAAAUUAGAAAAAAUACACCAAGCAAUUUUGAUAAUGAUACAUUGCCAGAUCCCGACAUAUUUAGCUAUCACAAUAAUUAUCGCAAAGUCGAACGAGGCUGGCUAACAGAUGAAACUGUGAUACAAUUUAAGGUUUUUAACAAUCCUAUUAAACUUUGGAAACACCGAUUACAAAACAAAGAAGUCCAUAUUAAGAUGACGCCUGUAAAUCUAGUUAGGCACAAUUCCUUAGAACUGCAACAGUUUGGGGGCGACUGUGUAGACGACAGUCUCUCUAUGGAUACACAGGAUAUUGUUGAUCAACCUGCUUUUACCAGUAUUACAGAAAUUGCUGUGAUGAAUGACGAAGAGGCUACGUUCAAAGUCCAAGAGCAAUUCGGUCGUCCUUACAAUGCAGACGAAUUUGUUAUCUUCAGUGUUGCUGUUCGGUAUCCCGAAACAAUCGCGUACUUAGUGGACUACUAUGUGUACAGCUCAAGGUGUUUCCCAGGAGAACCACCAAAUCACAUUGGUUUUAGCUACAUCUUGCCUAGUACUUUACAACCCAGCGUCGGACUUUUGACCGUUCCAAUCACUAGUACAAAACACAGACCCAUCGGACAAUUGACAGUGGAAUACGUCGUCAUAAAACCAAUUCCGGAUUAUCCAUGGGACAUGAGUAUCUCGUACGCGAAACACUGGGAACAGCGAUGGUCAGGCUUGGACGUAGGACACAGAGGACUCGGCACUUCUUUUAAAUUUGAAACGAAGAACUGCGCUAACGUACGCGAGAACACGAUCGCCUCGUUAAAAACCGCGUCGUAUCACGGUGCCGACAUGGUUGAGUUUGAUGUUCAGCUAUCGAAAGAUUUCAUUCCUGUAAUCUACCACGACUUUUACGUGUCGAUCUCUUUGAAACGUAAGAAGCAGAUAGAUGCUAUGGACAUGUUGGAAAUACCGGUUAAAGAUCUUACCUUGGAGCAACUGCAUCUGCUGAAGGUUUAUCACGUGGCCGAAGGUCGAGAGAAAAAUCAAAGAUUCUUUGACGAGGACUUGGAGGAUCAUCAGCCCUUUCCCACGCUGCAGACCGCGCUUCAGGAACUAGAACGACAUGUUGGAUGUAACAUCGAAAUCAAAUGGACCAUGCAAUUGAAGGAUGGUACAUUUGAACUCAAUCAUCCGUUCGAUCUCAACAUGUAUCUUGAUAUUAUUCUAAAAGUGGUGUUAGAAUACGGAGGUGAUCGAAAAAUAGUAUUUUCCUCUUUUAAUCCGGACAUCUGCGCGAUGAUACGUCUCAAACAGAACAAGUAUCCGGUAGUAUUUCUAACGCAAGGCAUCACAACGAGGUAUCCCACGUAUCAUGAUCCGAGAUGUCAAUCGGUACCUAUGGCAAUUAGACACGCAUUGGCUGCGGAUAUCUUGGGAAUUAACGUUCACAGCGAAGAUAUUCUUCGAGAUCCGUCUCAGGUCAAGUUGGUGAGAGAUGCUGGAUUGAUCAUCUUUUGCUGGGGCGACGAUAACAAUGAUAAAGCUACUAUACAACAUCUGAAACAACUUGGCUUGCAUGCAGUUAUAUACGACAAGAUCGACGAAUAUAAUCCAAAAGAAAAGAAGGAAAGCAUAUUUUUAGUUGAUGCCAGAGAAAGUCAGAAGGAGCUGAUAGCCGUGGCGCAGUGCAGUCAAACACCACAGACACAGAUUUCUACUCCCGUGAACGCGGAAAAAGAAUAUUAUUUGGAUCGACCGUCGACAACUACGUCAUCGCUCGGAACCAGUAACAUGAGCAGUGAUAGUAUAUAUUCCAUGCCGACGUUAAUGUUGUCGUCCAACUGCGAGAAUAAUCGAGAAAUCAAUGAGAUGACCAAGGAUUUUAGUGUCUGCGCAAAUACCUUCGGUCAUUCGGUAAAGACAAAAAGCAACAAUUUGGCAUGCGGUCAGCCGAACGUUAUGCCUGAAGUUUAUGGAGAGGAUGAUGCGGCAAAGGAUUGCCUUUGAUGCUUUUCCUUCAAAAAGCCUUUCUUCUCGUGGUUUUAAGGAGACAUGUCAUCAAGAGGGACCCUAGCGCGCGACGAUAGCGAGAACUUUUUUUUAUAAUUUAUGAUAUAUUACACUUUACUUAGAUGAUAAGUCCAAAUACCGAGGAUUAGUUUCUAAGAUCAUAGAGAAUAUUGAAACUGGAUCGUUAUACAGGCUGUACAUAACCAACUCGGAUUUAAAACGAUCAAUGUUAUUCUGUAAUUUUAAAACUUGCCAGAAAACGGAUUUUGCUUUAUUGGUUUAUAACCUGUAUUCAAAAGUUCUAAUAUGGACGUAUAAUUUGCUCAAUUGUGUUACUUUUUUUUUUUUUUUUUUUAAUAAACAAAUUCAAGACUACAUACAAUCACGUCUUUAUAUAUGCUAUGAGAUAUAUUGUGCGAAAUUAAAAACAAAAAUGUUAAUUACAGGCUUCAGUGAAUCUUGUUUGUAAACAAUAGAGAAUAACAUUGAUUAAUGUUGUAAAAUAGUAAUAUAACACAAUAGUAUGCGAAGAAAAAAAGAACGUCCGAUUUACUCCACUUCGAAUACACACCAUUCUCCUACAAUUGGUCAGUUUUCUCACGCAUUGUACAGUGUGUGUCGGAAAUAGAGUAUGGCCGGAUACGUGAAAAGGAAAGGAAUGGUUUUUUUUGCGCUUAGAAUAUUACGGUUUUGUUGAAGUCUCCUUACACCAUUCGGUUUUGCAAUAAAAUUAAUUGAACAUUAAGUAAUGGUAGUUAAUUAUUUAUUAUUUUUUUCACAUCUUUUUAACUAAAAGUCAAUACGUUUCAAUCUAAAUGUCAGAGACGUCAAAAAUUUGAUGUCUAAACAACGAUGAAAUCUCGUAUGAGUGCAAAGUUAUAAAAGUUUGUUUCUAAAUGUUUAGCGAACACUGAAGCAUAGACACGUAAAUAAUUAAGGGAAUUUACGAAUUUAACUUUUAUUUAUUACUAUAGUUCAGCUUGUUAUCUCACACAUAAACACGCAAUAGUUUGUCAAUUAAUCGCUAAAUUUUUUUUACAAAUAAAACUUGAAAACUAAUGUAUAUUUUAUUAGCUACCGGCAUAACACUUCCACGCCGGUUGUGUAAAUAUAUAGUAGCACAUUCUACUCGUGUACAUUUCGAACUCUGUAAAUCCGACGCAGGCUGUAGAGAAACUGAUUCUAAUUUCCGCGAGUUCGAGCGGCGAACUAGCGCGGGAGUUACGUUUUUUAGUACAAAUAUCUUCAGGUAUUUUUAUUGUUUAGAAUCUGAAAAAAAAAAAAAAAAACAUUAGAGCUUCUUCUAUAUCUCCUUCGCUAUCGAUUUGGAUAUUACGAUACGAAUGAGUAAUGAAAAAAAAAACAAAA